AUCAUCUCAAUUCUGAAGAAGUGACACACUCUCAAACGAAAUGGUGGUUUUGAUUUCAAGUACAGUGACGAUUUGCAGAGUAAAACCAAAGCUUGAAGACGGAAGCUUUCGCGUUAGCCGGUUGAUACCCAGACCCGAAGUUCUAUUUUUCUCUGGCUUGAGUGAUGAGAAGAAGAAGAAAUGUGCAGUUUCGGUUACGUGUUUAGCUGUGAAGAAAGAACAAGUUGUUCAAAGCGUGGAUAGUGUUAAAGGGACGAUUUUUCCGAAGAAAGCAAAAAAUCUUAUCAUGAGCGAAGGAAGAGAUGAAGAUGAGGAGUAUGGGAAGAUUAUUUGUCCAGGUUGUGGGAUUUUUAUGCAGGACAAUGAUCCAGAUUUGCCUGGAUUUUAUCAGAAGAGAAAGGUCAUUGCAAAGAACUUGGAAGUUGAUGAAGAGGAGGAAGAUGAUGAGCUUGAUGGGUUUGAAAUGGUUGAUGAGGAUGAAGAGGAGGAGGAGGAGGAGGAAGGGGAAGAUGAUGAAAUGGAUGAUGAGAUCAAGAAUGCAAUAGAAGGUAGCAACUCUGAAAGUGAGAGUGAGUUUGACUGGGAAUCAGAUGAGUGGGAAGACAAGGAGGAAGUGAAUGAUGUUGAAUUGGAUGGUUUUGCUCCGGCUGGUGUUGGAUAUGGUAAUGUCACUGAGGAGAAGGAGAAGAAGAAACGGGUUUCGAAAACAGAGAGGAAGAAGAUAGCUAGGGAAGAGGCAAAGAAAGACAAUUAUGAUGAUGUGACGGUGUGUGCUCGUUGCCAUUCUCUGAGGAAUUAUGGCCAAGUGAAGAAUCAGGCUGCAGAGAACCUCUUACCAGAUUUCGAUUUUGAUAGGUUGAUAUCAACUAGACUGAUAAAACCGAUGAGUAAUUCCAGCACUACAGUUGUAGUCAUGGUUGUUGAUUGUGUCGACUUUGAUGGUUCGUUUCCCAAACGAGCAGCCAAGUCUCUGUUUCAAGUGCUUCAAAAAGCUGAAAAUGAUCCUAAGGGUAGCAAAAACCUCCCAAAACUUGUGCUUGUUGCAACAAAAGUAGACUUACUCCCGACACAGAUUUCACCAGCUCGGUUAGACCGAUGGGUGCGCCACCGUGCCAAGGCUGGAGGAGCGCCUAAGCUGAGUGGGGUUUAUAUGGUUAGUGCUCGCAAAGAUCUUGGUGUUAAGAAUCUGUUAGCUUACAUUAAAGAGUUGGCUGGUCCAAGAGGAAACGUGUGGGUUAUUGGAGCUCAGAACGCGGGGAAAUCUACUUUGAUUAAUGCCUUAUCCAAGAAAGAUGGUGCAAAGGUCACGAGGCUCACGGAAGCUCCGGUUCCUGGAACAACUCUUGGAAUAUUGAGAAUUGGUGGAAUAUUGUCUGCAAAGGCGAAGAUGUAUGACACUCCCGGCCUUUUGCAUCCCUACCUUAUGUCCCUGAGAUUGAAUCCAGAGGAGCGGAAAAUGGUAGAGAUAAGGAAGGAGCUUCAACCUCGGAGUUACAGAGUCAAGGCAGGACAGUCAGUUCACAUUGGUGGCUUGGUCAGGCUAGACCUCGUUUCUGCUUCAGUUGAAACAAUAUACAUUACAAUAUGGGCAUCACAUAGUGUUUCAUUGCAUCUAGGAAAAACAGAGAAUGCCGAAGAAAUAUUCAAGGGCCAUUCCGGUUUACGCCUUCAGCCACCAAUUGGAGAGAACAGAGCGUCUGAAUUAGGAACAUGGGAAGAGAAGGAGAUUCAGGUGUCGGGAAAUAGCUGGGACGUGAAAAGCAUAGACAUUUCAGUGGCUGGUCUUGGCUGGUUAUCCCUUGGUCUCAAAGGUGCAGCAACACUAGCAUUAUGGACUUAUCAGGGGAUUGAUGUAACCUUGAGAGAACCGUUGGUUAUUGACCGCGCACCAUUUCUUGAGCGGCCUGGCUUCUGGUUGCCAAAAGCCAUCACCGAAAGAGCUGAAAUGAAGAGAAAAUGUAGGAUUUGGUUGCCUAAGCAGCUCGCAUCAACUGAUCAUUUAAGUCACAGUCUAUUGUUUGGGUGGUUCGUUUGCCAGUCCUCUUCUUGUCUUGACGUUGUUGUGGCCUUUAUCUCUGAUGAAAGCUCCUUGUCCAAUGCCGGAUCUAAGCUCCAAGACGUACUUCGUGAAACAAAUGAGAAGAUGCCCUCAACUUUACGGGAUAAGGCAGCGUUUACUCUCCUUGGUCGUUAUGAUAUAAGCCGUAAUGCUAAUGGAAACGUAUCAAAGAUUAUAACAGACAAAGAUAUGUGCAGCAAGGCUGGAUCAUAUUGCAAAUAUAGUGGCCUCAGCUGUGGUUGUCAAAGGGUUGAUGGCUUGUUAGAGGCUUUCAGGAAAGAUUCUAUGAGAAAUUACUGGAUUCAAAUGGUGCGUGAUUCUGCAGAGCAUAGAAUUAUGGAACUCCAUUCAAGUUCUAGAUUGCAUCAUAUACACUGGAAUGGGGAGAUUGUAUCUCAAUGCGAUGUCCACGUCAUAGUCUAUGACACUCCAGUGUUUGGUUCUCACCAUUUCUCGUUAAGCUUUUGGAAUUCUUCUCCUCAGACAAAAGCUCCUCUUAAGAAACCCAAAUGGGUUGAUGAUCUUCACAACAGGAAACCUCUGAAUGAAAUGGAAACUGUGAUUCUUUCCAUAAAUUGCGCCUCAGCUGCCAAGAUUGCCUAUAAGAAGAUAUCCACGCAGCUGGAGACUUCUUCUCAGAACUUUUCCAUUUGUUACUUGAUAUCUUCUUUGACAUGGCGGUUACUCGCCACAAUUUUAGGCUCUUUAUCAAGUUUGUAUUAUAGCCUUGCGCAAUUCUUCUAUUUAUUUUCAAGUUUUCCGAUUUUCUCAUGGGUGCACAUCGCAUCGAGGAGGGUACUCAAGAAUACAUGGAUCAACUUCAGAAUACGCAGUUGUCAGAUCUUAUAUUGGCCAAUCUUCCUAGAAGAGAAUGACAUGAUGUCCAUAUCCUGUGUGGAACAUGCAGAGAAAGCUGCACUGCAAAGACAUUCUACAUGGUCGGCCAUGGCUGUCGAUCUUGUUUUGGGGAAUUUGAUUGGUCUAGGUCUACUGUUUAACACCGAAUCUGUCUGCUCAUUUGUAUUCGACUUUGCAAAGGAGUUUACGAAUGGUAUUUUGCGGUCUGGUAGUGUGUGGUUGAUGGGAGUUCCAGCGGGUUUUAAGUUAAACACAGAAUUGGCUGGAGUUUUAGGCAUGGUAUCUCUUAAUGUAAUACAGAUAUGGUCUACUCUCUGGGUCUUCAUGGCUUCUUUCAUCUUUUAUUUGAUAAGAGUAAUUGCCAUCCUUGGAAUUACUUUUGGUGCCACAGUAUCUGCCGCAUUUGUCAUAGAUGUUAUUACUUUUGCAACACUUCAUAUAAUGGCUCUUCACUGGGGAAUCACACUUGUAUAUUCUCACCAAAUUCAAGCUUUAGCAGCUUUGUGGAGGCUUUUCAGAGGGCGAAAAUUGAAUCCUCUACGUCAAAGGCUGGACAGCUAUGGUUACACUGUGAAGCAACAUGUAGUGGGAUCUCUUCUGUUCACUCCUCUAUUACUUCUCUUGCCAACAACAUCAGUUUUCUACAUCUUUUUCACCAUUACGAGCACUACAAUCAACUCCAUAUGUAUGUUGAUUGAAUUUGCCAUCUCCGUCAUCCAUGCAACACCAUAUGCAGCGGUUUUGAUUUGGCUUGUCAGGCGUAAACGAUUCCCUUGUGGUGUUUGGUUUGAAAUGGAACACUAUAGAGAGCAUAUCCUCAAAUCCUCAACUGAUGUUUUCGAAGAUGCAGACUCCAAAAGUCUACUAGAAGAACAUGAUACUCCUGAUCUAAUAGUUUCCAAUCUUCGCAGCAAUUUUUUAACCUUAGGACAGAUUCUUUUGCCUCACUAUACAACAAUAUUUUCAGGAAUAUCAGCUUCUUCUCUGACAACAUCAGCUCGCGGAGUCCUCAGUGGGAAAAGAAUGCCAUCAAAACUGGGGCUUGAUCUUCCUCCUCCAAGGCCAUGGAUGCACAUGCCAUUGAGACAGUACUGGAUCCUAUGCCAUAAUUCCAUCAUCUCAUCAGUGGCAAAUGGUUAUCCUCCGGAAGGACCACCUAAGGACGCUUAUCCACCCAAGGUCGACGCUUAUCCACCUCCGGGACAACCCUAUCCUCAGCAAGGAUAUCCUCCCCAGAGUUAUCCUCCGCAGGGAUAUCCUCAACAAGGUUAUCCUCAACAAGGUUAUCCUCCGGAGGGAUAUCCUCAACAAGGAUAUCCUCAACAAGGUUACCCACCUCAGCAACCACAACAGAAACACAGUCCUGGUAUGCUUGAAGGGUGUAUUGCUGCUCUCUGCUGUUGCUGUGUCUUGGACGCAUGUUUCUGAGUGGAGUCUCUGCUUGAAGCUACAAAAUUGGUUUACCAAUGAUGAUCUCAUCUUAUUCUCUUUCGUUUCUUUACAGACUUGUGUUGUCGACUUUCUUCUAAGCAUUUUCUCUUAUUAUAUUAUUUGGAUUUUGCCAAUGGGAAUGUGAAUAGUUGGGAGACCCAAUUUAAUGUUGCACAUUAUUGGCUUUUACCUCUGCUUUUUCUUCCUAGUUUCAUCUAAUGUUGCACCGUAUUUAUUAAGUAUG